GUUUAUACGACAGUCCUCCUGGAACAGAUGACGCCAAGCUCAUCGAUAUAUUCUACCCCGGAGAUCAGCAGUCCAUCACGUACGGCACCAAGUCCAGAGUCGGGAUCGGCGGCAUGGAGGCCAAGGUGAAAGCAGCUCUCUGGGCCCUCCAGGGGGGAACGUCUGUAAUCAUCGCCAACGGCACAGAUCCCAAAGUUACCGGCCACGUCAUCACCGACAUCGUGGACGGGAAAAAAGUUGGCACCUUCUUCUCUGAAGUGAAACCUGCGGGCCCGACUGUGGAGCAGCAGACGGAGAUGGCUCGGCACGCAGGAAGGACUUUGUCUUCUCUGCUGCCUGAGCAGAGAGGAGAAAUCAUCUGCUGCCUCGCUGAUCUACUUACAGAGAAGAAAGACGAGAUUCUUAGUGCCAACAGGAAAGACAUGGAGUUAGCAACAGCUUCAGGUCGCUUGGCGCAGCCUCUGAUCAGUCGUCUGAGCCUUUCAACCGCCAAGCUGAACAGCCUCGCCAUCGGCCUGCGUCAGCUCGCCGUGUCCUCCAGGAACAGCGUGGGUCGAGUUCUCAGAAGGACCAGGGUGGCGAACAACCUGGAGCUGGAACAGAUCACCGUCCCCAUCGGAGUCCUGCUGGUCAUUUUUGAGUCUCGUCCCGAUUGCCUCCCGCAGGUGUCAGCCCUCGCCAUCGCCAGUGGGAAUGCUUUGCUCCUUAAGGGCGGCAAAGAGGCGUCCAACACCAACAAAAUUCUACAUCAACUCACUCAGGAAGCGCUCGCCGUUCAUGGCGUGGCCGAUGCCAUUCAGCUGGUGAGCACACGGGAAGAGGUUGAGGAUCUCUGCAAACUGGACAAGAUGAUUGACUUGAUCAUUCCGAGGGGUUCGUCCCAGUUGGUCCGCGACAUAGAGAGGGCAGCGAAGGGCAUCCCUGUGUUGGGCCACAGCGAGGGCAUCUGUCACGUCUACAUCGACAGCGAGGCCAGCAUCGACAAAGCUAUUGAUGUUGUCAGAGACUCCAAAUGUGACUACCCUGCAGCCUGCAAUGCCAUGGAGACCCUCCUUAUCCACAGAGAGUUACUGCGCACUCCGAUGUUCGACCAAAUCAUCGACAUGCUGAGAACAGAAGACGUAAAGAUUCACGCGGGUCCUCGUUUCGCCUCCUUUUUGACCUUCAGCCCGUCUGAGGUGAAGUCUCUCCGAACGGAGUACGGCGACCUCGAGUGCUGCAUCGAGGUGGUUGACAGCAUGCAAGACGCUGUGGACCACAUCCACAAGUACGGCAGCUCCCACACUGACGUCAUCGUUACGGAGAAUGAAGACACAGCCGAACAGUUCCUGCAGCAGGUCGACAGCGCCUGCGUCUUCUGGAACGCCAGCUCUCGCUUCGCUGAUGGCUACCGCUUCGGCCUGGGAGCCGAGGUCGGCAUCAGCACAGCUAGGAUUCACGCUCGAGGUCCAGUUGGUUUGGAGGGACUUCUCACGACCAAAUGGGUCCUUCGAGGGGAGGGGCACACUGUGGCAGACUUCUCUGAGCAAGGCAGCAUGAAGUAUCUCCAUGAAAACAUCCCCGUCCCACAGGGAACUUUUAACUAAGGGCUGGAGUCAACAAACCGUGUCUGCCAAGAGUUGAUUAGUUCGUGUGUACCUGUAGCAGUUUCAGCUGGAUCACCUGUGAAACGUAAUGGCUGAACGGAGGCUGCUUCUACCGGACGAACACGCUCCGAGUUCUGUAAACCUGAGCAUGGACACACAAAUCCCCCUGAAAACUGAGUGGGCGUUAAAUAACGGAUGAGCAGGAGCUCUGUUGUGCUAAAACCUAAAAUAUGAAACGUAUUCGGUUCAUUUUUAUAUCUGUAAGAAAAAAAAAAAUCAUUGGCUCAAAUGUGAUUUUCUAAUUUAUAUUUCUACCUAAACCCUCCCUUUUGUUUUAUUUAAUUUCUGAAAGAGUUCGUGCUUGAUCUUGGUUUAAGAUUUGUUUUGCAGUCUGUUUCUCUUUGCACAUACAGUUUAAUAAAU